UUCUCCGAGUUAUUUUUUUCUGUUCGAUUUGCCUUGAUGUUCUAUCGCGCUCAUUAAUCCAUUAACAUACUUUAACCAUUACAUAUCACAAAAAAAUCAACAGAGGAUUCUCGGGGAAUAUCUGUUCAUUGGGAUGCGCGCGCGCCUCCACCUACACACACGUGGAUGGCACUAGAAGAGCCGUACAACUGACGACGUACGUACAACUUUCUGUCAGCUUAGAUAAGAGGAAUAGAUAGCGGCAACAGAAAGAGGGAACUGCUUUUUACUACACCGCGGCUCUGCUCGAGCACAACAAGAAUAAAAAAGCCGAGCACUAGUGUCAAUCUCUGCACAAACACAAUCAAGCAGUGUAUAUAUAGUACAGUUUGUCGUUUGACGGAAAAGACGCCGUCGUACGAGAAUCAGAGAAAGAGAGAGAGAGAGAGAGACACACACACACACACACAGCAGAGACAGAGAGUGAGUGAGGCACGAAGAGGAGGUGAUGCCGGGGCGUGAUUUCCUCGUUCGACAGAUAGUUAUAUCUCAUCUCGGUUAACCUAUUCAAGUAUGCUAACAAACCAGCCUUACGAGAACGUCAACACCACCACUAUCAUCAUCGCGGCUACCUGUACCACUGACGACGUCGAGAACGACGACGACGACGAGGACGCCGAACAUCCUUAUUGCAUUAUUCAUGUGCUACUCAAUGACUGAUGCUUUCAACGCAAGACUGACAGAUCCUCUUCCACAUAGUUUUAGUCAGUGAAUAGGUAACGCUUCGUGUUGACUCUUUCUAUUCUGUCUCUCAAUACUUGUCAUUACGUAGUUCGUCAUCAUCUUGAACUUCAAAGACUUGAUGAUGAUAUCAAUAGAAACUUUAAUUUAGACUUGGUGUUAUCCAAGUAAAAAAUCUAGAAGUGGCAUACAAUGCGUAUCCAUGAAGAGUUAUGGUGGCUGUUUCGAAAGAAAGAUGUGUAGAGUUAACUAUUGUGCAUUGCCAUAGAACUAAACAUGCAAGCAAAAAAGCGUUACUUACUUGUCUUUCUGACUUGCGCUUUUCUUGCCUUUUGCUAUUUUGGAGGUUAUCGAUUAAAAGGAGAGAAGAGUUCAACCAAAAAGUUGACAGCUGAUGAUUUACCCUCCUUCAAUGUUUAUGAUCCUAACUGGAGAACAAAGCAAGAAUUAGAAUACACAAAAUCUUUAAGUCAAUCACCCAUUCCUCCAAAUUUAAGACAAUGUGAUAUGAAAACAUGCUUUGAUUUUACUAAAUGUAGAGAAGGAUAUACUGUUUAUGUGUAUCCUAUCGAGGAUGCCAUCAGUCCACUAUACCAAAAAAUAUUGAAUGUCAUCACGGAAUCCAGAUAUUAUACAACGGAUCCAACAAGAGCUUGUUUAUUUGUUUUAGCUCUAGAUACGCUUGACAGAGAUCCUUUAUCGACUGAAUUUGUACAUAAUCUACCAACAAAACUCGCACGUUUGCCAUAUUGGAAUAAUGGAAGAAAUCAUUUAAUUUUUAAUUUAUAUUCAGGCACUUGGCCUGAUUAUGUAGAAGAUGCUUUGGCCUUUGACUUUGGUUAUGCCAUGAUAGCCAAAGCAAGCAUGUCCAAGUUCAAAUUGAGAGAUGAAUUUGAUGUAUCCAUACCACUUUUUGCUAAGCAACACACUGAAAGGGGUGGAGAACCUGGUCAGGCACUUCACAAUCAAUUCCCUGGUAAAAAGAAGUUUUUAGCAGCUUUCAAAGGUAAAAGAUAUGUUCACGGCAUUGGAUCUGAAACAAGAAAUGCGCUCUAUCAUUUACAUAAUGGAAAGGAUAUCAUAUUUGUAACUACUUGUCGGCAUGGAAAAUCUUGGAGGGAAUUACAAGAUGAACAUUGCCAGGAGGAUAUUCGACUAUAUGAUAUGUACGACUACGACGUUCUUCUUCAGAACUCAACAUUUUGCCUGGUUCCUAGAGGUCGUCGACUUGGUAGUUUUCGAUUUUUAGAAGCCUUAAGAGCAGGAUGUAUCCCUGUUAUUUUAAGCAAUGGAUGGGCUCUUCCAUUUCAUGAACACAUUGAUUGGUAUCAAGCAGUCAUUUUUGCAGACGAACGACUCCUCUUUCAAGUGCCAGAUAUUCUUAGAUCUGUACCAGAUACGAAAAUUUUUUCAUUAAGGCAACAAACUCAAUUUUUAUGGGAGAGGUAUUUUUCGUCGAUAGAAAAAAUUGUAUUCACCACAUUUGAGGUCGUUCGAGAGCGCAUUCCUUGGGAAGGUCAUAGAGAAUUACGUGUUUGGAAUCGACAUCCAGGUGCAUUGGCAAUUCUACCAAAAUUUGCGGAUACUCAACAAGAACUCCCGUUUCAAGAAUGCAAACCUGGAAACGCUUUUACAGCCGUAAUUUAUUCACAAUUAGGAUCCACUGCAGUACUCUUCCGGUUAUUAAAAACUCUUUCGAAAAGCCAAUAUUUAGAUAAAAUCAUCCUGUUGUGGAACUCUGACAUUCCAAUACCGAGGAAGUCACGAUGGCAGGGUAUUAAAGCGCCCAUCCACGUUAUUCCAGCUACAGGCAUAUCUCAAAGAUUCUACCCACACCCUCAAAUAGAAACUAGUGCCAUAUUUUCUUUAGACGAAGACGUAACAUUAAAUACUGAUGAAAUUGACUUUGCUUUUGUCGUUUGGAAAAGCUUUCCCGAUCGCAUCGUCGGAUAUCCGGGAAGAUCCCAUUAUUGGGAUGACUCAAAACGGUCAUGGGGUUACACAAGUAAAUGGACAAACGAUUACAGUAUGGUGUUAACAGGAGCUGCUGUAUAUCAUCGUUACUAUAAUACGUUAUAUACCGAAACUUUAAGUUCAACGCUUCACAAAACUGUAGAACAAUCUCAAAAUUGUGAAGAUAUUUUGAUGAACUUUUUAGUGAGCCAUGUUACUCGUCAUCCUCCUAUCAAAGUGACACAGCGUAAAAUGUAUAAAGAUCCAAAUGCUGCUGGGAAAAAGUCGCCUUGGAAUGAUCCAGAUCAUUUUACCCAGCGGCAAACGUGUAUGAAUACAUUUGUCGCAGUUUUCGGUUAUAUGCCAUUACUGCGAUCGAACAUGAGACUGGACCCUGUACUUUUUAAGGACCCUGUAAGCAACCUGCGUAAAAAAUAUAGACAAAUUGAAUUAGUUGAUAACUAGAAAUAUAUAUCCGUUUGAUUAACGAAUAUGUAAUAUGUGGUUAAACGAAAUGACGUUAAACGAAUAUGUAUGUUUAUUGUAAGAUUAUGCGUGAAGCGAGCGAAUUUCAUAAGAUUGUAUAACAAUAUAUCAAAUUUAUGGCCGUGUCAUUUAUUGGUAGUUCAGCGAGUCUAUGAACAAUUAGAACAAAUGUAUAGAAAAGAUACAUGCAAGUAUCCUUAAGAACAAUAAUUACAUAGAUGUUAAAAAUUACGAUAUAAAAUUAUAAAUUAUUAAACACAUCACGUGAGCUUCGGAUCUCUCGCGCUAGAUCGACCACGACGAAUCGUAUUAUAUGGAGAAAAAAAAAAGAAAAUGAUAUUUUUUGUGAUUGACUAAUUGUGCUCGCACAUCUUUUUUACAUUUUUGAAUGACUUUAAGCGCAAAAUGUCAAUAAUUUUUACGAGUUAAUUGCUCAUUAGACUUAAUAAUAAUUGUUUCGUCCAAAAGUUAUCGCGCAAAGCUCCAAACGUCCUUACCAUAUCAAUAUAAUUAACGAGCGACACUGCAGUACAAAUUUGACAAAGAACGAAAAACAUAAUAACGAUAUCAACAAAUCGAAUGACAGAAUAAAAAAGAAAAACCAAAAUAGGAGAUCCGACGUUAAAGCCGUGGGUGAUACUUUACCAAAAUGUAAUCGCGCGUCAUGCAGCUAUAAAGUGUGUACAUAAAUAAUCCGUUUGAUAGUUAUUAAUGUAGCAAUAUUGUUUGACAGAAAAAAUGAACAUGUGCGAGAGUGAGUGCCUUUCUAAAAUGCCAUCGUUCCGCCAAGUCCUUUCAUGCGACGACAGAACCCGGAUGUCCUUGCCCUCGUGAAUUCCCCCAUCCUUUCUUCACGUUCUCGGACUUUUGUUUUCGUUCAAGCUCGUCAAGGUUAAUGGUGUCAACGAUUAUUAUUGACGAAUACAAAUCUAUUUCAUUCCUUUUUUCUGUUUUUUUUUGUAUAUUCGACCUGUCGUUGCUUUUUUUGUAUAUUCGACGAAGAAAUAUUAUAUCAUUCCACACUUAAAAUCAUGCUAGCGUGGAGAUUGCCAUAUAAUUAGUUUUACUAGAGAAAAAACACUUAGGUUUUUACGUAUAUAGAUAAUUUAAUACGGAAUUACGUAAAAGGCCAUAGCUUUUCAAUUGUAUUAUAUUGUACUUCGAAAAUUUUGUACAUGUAGCAUUAUCAAACGUCUUUUUUUGAACGUUUACGUGCAAUUUAUUUUUUAUUGUUGUAUACUGUUUGUUACAAGUAAAUUUUACAAAAAAUAUAAUUUUAUUUAAUUGGUCAAUGUACUUGGAAAUAUGUAUGUCUUCU